AUGAAGAUUUUAACAAUAAUUUUUUUCAUCAUUCUAUCAUUAUUAUGUUUAACACGAACGACGUUAUCACAAAAUCCAUCACCAACAAACUGGUUUAUCAUAACUAAAUUUCAAUGUACAAGCGAUAAAACAAAAUGUGAUAAAGUAAAAAACGUAAUCAAUUUAGCGGGAAAAUAUAUAACAGCCACAUUGAAUUUCAAACUUUCAAUAAAAAUUGAUGCAGGAUUUUUAGAUUUAUGUAAAGAACGAAAUUGUGAUGUUAAUAAUAAUCAUAAUAUAAUAGCAUCCGCAUCCCCAUUAAUAAUUAAAUUUAAUGAUACUGAUGGUAAAGUGAGAUCAUUCCCAUUAGCACUGUAUAAACAAAUUCGUUCAAAAUAUGAACCAGGUGAUGAUAUUAAGUUAAUUAUUAAUUCACAAAAGGAUUAUUGGUUUAGAGGAGAUCCACUGCCUAUGCCAGUAGGAUAUGUGGAUUUGUUGUACGUUGUAAUUCAUGAAUUUAUUCAUGGAUUAGGAUUUACAAAUUCAUGGGAUGAUUAUCCUUUAAAAACAGCAUUAAGACCUGGUUUUGGAGAUUCACCUUCACAACCUCUAUUCGUUGAAAACAUAUUUGAUAAAUUUAUAGUACUAACGCAAAACGGAAAAUCUCUUUCAUCUAUGACCGAUGAAUUAAAUCAAUUUCAGUAUAACUUAACAACAUAUUCUGAUCAAGAUUUUAUUAAUUCGUUUUCGAAAUCGCCGCAAUUUUCAAUAGCUCAAUAUGUGUAUAAUAUUGCUAAUAAUACGCGUGGUACAAUGGGUCUUCUACUUACAUCUAAUAUACAAUCCAGUAAUCAAUUAUCUCCCAAUCAAAAUGAUAUCCUCUUAUUAGAGACUAGUAUCCUUUUUAACAAUGGUUCAAGUAUUGGUCAUGUAGACAUGCAAACUUAUAAUAAUACUAGUGAUUUUUUGAUGGUAUAUAGUUAUACUAGCGGAGAAACUCUUGAUGAUAAGAUGGAAAAAACUGGUAGUACUAAUACAACUGGUCCGAUAGGUCCUAAUUUGAGACGAUUCUUGGGAGUUUUAGGGUAA